GAUUGUUCAGAGAGACCAGGCAGGCGCACAUUCACUGUGAACCGCUUCAGCUGUACAGCAAUAUGGGCAGUCUGUUUGUUCAGUUCCUCAUCUGCGUUUGGAUAACUUCACCUUUAUGUGUCACGCAAAAGGCUAAAGAGAGGAGCGCCCGACAAAGAGACGCAGAGUUUACUGACAAGUACCACUCAUGCGUGCAGGGCCCACCUGGAAUACAGGGUCGGGAUGGUAAUCCAGGGAUAAACGGCAUUCCAGGCACUCCAGGAAUCCCUGGGAGAGACGGACUUAAAGGGGAGAAGGGAGAGUGUGUGACGGAGAGGUUUGAAGAUCCCUGGAAGCCAAACUUCAAACAGUGUGCUUGGAACUCUCUAAACUAUGGGAUUGACCUGGGCAAAAUAGCUGAGUGCACGUUCACUAAGCGGCGUACAGACAGUGCUCUGCGUGUGCUGUUCAGCGGUUCUCUCAGGUUGAAGUGUAAAACGGCUUGCUGUCAGCGCUGGUACUUCACUUUUAAUGGAGCCGAAUGCACCGGACCGUUACCUAUAGAAUCAAUCAUUUACCUGGACCAGGGCAGCCCUGAACUCAACUCCACCAUAAACAUACACAGGACGUCCACAGUUGAGGGGCUCUGUGAAGGGAUCCAGGCCGGUCUGGUGGAUGUUGGUAUAUGGGUGGGCACCUGUGCUGACUACCCACGUGGUGAUGCGUCAACGGGAUGGAACUCUGUAACCAGGGUGAUCAUUGAAGAGCUUCCAAAAUGAGCAUUCCUUCUGACAUUCGCCACCACCGCUGUCACCAUGGCAAUAGAAGAUAAGAUCAUGAUCUUCUGCCACAUAAAGAGGGUUUCUUGUAGAAAGGAGCUUCCUUGUAUCCAAUCAGCUAAUUAUUUUGCUUAGGGUCCAUGCAACUUUCACGUUGUAAUAGAUAGUUAUUCUCCUGCUGAAUAUCAGUUAGGAGGGAUUUGGUAUGCUCAACUUAGUACAGACCCUUAACAAAAGAGUAAGAUGGUAUUACUAUGGUUUUUGGACACUAUCAAGAGGGUAAUGCCAAUACUUUGAAGUACCGUAGGAAUCAAACUGUACCAUGGUAUUAUCAUCUGAUACUAUUACUGUACAAUGAUAUCACUACAGUCCUUUUUUUAAGGGGCGUUCAACAAGGACAUCCUGGAUAAUAUUUAUUUAGUGGCCCUUCUUUUUUGUAUGGAUGAUUUUAUUACCCAUGGCGGUUAAUCUCACAAAAACUGUCACGUAUAUUUUUACCCCAAAAAUUCAAACUUUAAUGUAGACAAAUCUUCUAAUUAUUGCUGUAAUGCAAAUAAUAUUGAUACAUUGUUUCAAUUUCCAAAUUACAUUUGUAAAGUAUAAUUGGAAAUAUUAAAAUAUGGCAGUAUUUGUUGUAUUGAAUUGAAUCAUCUUAAGACAGGAUGUUUUUUUUAUUAGUGUAUUACAGUAGUGAGAAUGAAAUGUUUUCAAAUAUUGCUGUUGUUUGACAGGGAAAAUGCAUUUCAUUGUAAUGAAAAUCACCUUUUAAAUAUAACCUUCAUUUUUUAACGUGGUUUUGUAUUUUCUGUAUUUUUAUUUUCCUUUGGGGUGAAAUACAACAUAGACAUUUCUUACUGAGAUUCACCCAUUAAUAAAGACAACAUAUACCCCCCACCCACCCCAAAUACCCUGUGUUGUCACAAUUUCAUACUCCCCUUAACUUUGUGAAAAAUUACAUUUUUAUACAUAUUAAAAUGGUUGUGUUUAUGAAAAGAGACCAAAUGCUGGUUAAAUGGCUUCAUAAUGCUGACGAGCUGUCAGAAAGUAGCACAACAUUAAAGAGGGCGUAGAUGGAAAAUCCUGGAAAAAGUGUGUGUGUGUGUGUGUGUGUGUGUGUGUGUGUGUGUGUGUGUAGAAUGACUAAGGUUUGGAAUGUCUGGUGUGGUAUAAAGUAGUUCUGCAGCUGUAAUGCUGAGUGUUCAAUAUUAUAAGAAAUCUGUGUAUUGUUCUCACGGUUUAGUUACAGUGGUCCCAAAAAGUAAAUGGACACGAAAGCAGCAUUUAGGAAAUGCAAAAAUGACAUUGCAUUAGAAAACAAACUACCAAAGCAAGUGGAAUUAUUUUAAAGACCACACGAACACACUUUUCAAACAAAAGAAGUUUGUGAGGUUUGAAAUGUUAGAUAAAUAAUAUUAGUGCUGUCAGUUGAUGAAGAUUUUUUUUAAUCGCGAUUACUCGCAUAAUAUUUCAUAAUUAAUUGCGACUAUAUUAGGGCUGGGCGAUAUGGCUAAAAUUGGUAGAAGAAAAAAAUCGUAAAUAGUCUACAAAACUGCAUUGGCAUCCCAAAGCAGUGGUAUCUGAGAGAACUUUCACCAAAAUAUUGAAAUAGAGUUUACCAAUCAAGUGCAGUUGGAUAUGAAUGUUAAAAGAUCAUCCGUUUGUUUUGAAGCAUAAUGACUGAAUAUAAUUUUAACAUUUAAAUUAUUUUUAUAUUUUGCCACAUUCAGAGAGUAAGUAUGGGGGCAUAGAAGCCCUUGUGAAUGAGGAAUGAUACUGUAUGGGGGUUAAGUUUAGAAAAUGUAAAAGUCUGAAUGGGGUUGUUCUGCUAUUCGGCCCCGUUUCGUGGCCGGCCCACCGGAAAAAGUUCCGGUUCUCCCUAUGGCCAGUCUCUUGGUGAAAAAUACUUUCUGUACUCCCACACUUAAUCCAUUUUGAUUGACUCUUCUUAGUAGCUUCAAUACAAACAGGAAGCUAGAUGACAAAAUUCGGAAAAGCGGAGCCCAGAAAAGGGGCGGAGCUGAAUAAGGUGAAUAGGCUAAAUAGACUAGCCCUAUUCAAAGCAAGCAGCAUUUAUUGUAAAAUUUAAUGAUAAAAUUUGACUAAUAAAAUUUAGAUGAGGGACGAGGCAAAAUUUAUAUAUUUUUUUUUGUGUUUUUUUUUUUUUGUUAAUUAGCAUUAU